UAGAAGGAAAAUUUUCUUUUAGCAAAAUUUUGUCAAGAAAAUAGAAAAGAAAAAACGCAAACAGUACGAAACGGAAUUAUUUCAAUUAGCAGCAUUAAAUUUUAUGUCUAACACUUAAAUUACGGCUUAAUUAAAUUCUUAAUCAUUAGAACCUAUAAACGAUUCUUUUUAUCAGUGCAAAAAAACAAAAAUUAACUGCAAAAUCAGAAAAUAGAAAGCGAACGAAACUGACGACAACGAGACGAGAAAAAACGUAAAAUAAAAAAGUGUAAAGUUCGCUGAAGGUUGCGCUGGCAAGGUGUUUUCGUUUUUUUUUUUACAUUUUUUAUUUGUGAUUUUGUCAGCACAAACAAGUGAAACAAAAAUAUAGCAAAAACAGCCAUUAUAUUUCCCCAUUUAUAACAAACAUUGUUCAUUAUUUGUGUAAAGUUAUUUAAAACCGGAAUAAAAUACUGCAGGAAUUUUACAACAAAACGACUAAAAUUAACAAAAAAAUUGCUACAAUUUCGAUUCCUCCUCCUAUUUUUGAGUCUAAUAAAAGAAUUCCCAAACUUUAAUAGUGCACUUGCAUUAUUCUGAUUAAAGAGACCUUGAGGAACAAUCUCUGGCGAAAGGAAAUUUAAAAAAAUAAAAAGUUUUUUAUACGGAUAUUUCUGAAGUAAAUGUGUUGUUGAAAGUCCAGAAAUUACUGACGUGUUGUUACACAAAUAGGAAGAAAACUAAAAUUGAAAAAAAACGAAGUUAAAAAAUAUUUUAUUUAACAGAGGCCACCACAGCAUUUAGCUUUAAAAAAAUUAAUAAAAAAAAUGUCCAUACGUACUAAAGUUCUCGGGAUGGUGGAUGUCAUGAUGCGAGUGCCACCCAUAUUGGUGAUUGAUGAAAUAUUAAAAAUUGGCAUGGGCCUACCAAGCAGAUCAUACCAAACAGCCAAUAGUGUUGAUGCCGGAGGCGGUAUUAGUACAUCAACCGAAACUGACGCAUUUUCAACUGAUAACCUGCUCAACAACAAUACUGAGGCUUCAGCCUCGAGUAUGGCCUACAAUGUUCUGAACAAUGUCACAAAUAUCACAAAUGCCACUUUGGAACAGACGAUAGAUAAUGCCACGGCUGCUGCCACUGCCGGUGGUAUACUGAGUAGUUCCUUUGGUAGUAUCUUGGAAGAUUUGGCCAAAGAUAUUUAUUUGUCGGAUCUGCUGUCAAUAACAUCAGUUAAAAUUAUUAUUUGUAUAUUGGGUCUUUUAUGUGCUGCUUGUAUAUUUAUGCUCUGGACGAGACACUUGGUUAUGGUUUAUAUGUUUGUGAUAUCCCUCGGUCUAACUUUCCUCUCUCACUGGUCAAAUGUUUCGGCGCUGGCGAUACUCGAGAAAAGUCCGUGCAUACUGGAAGAUAUAUUAUCUAUGAACACGACACGUCUAAUGGAUACGGGUAAUGUGGCAGCAUCUUUGCUGCCGCAUUUGGUGGCACAAUGGUUUAUGGGUAUGCUGUUUGCUUACAUACACUUGGGUCCUCGUUAUGAAUUACUGCAGAAAUCGAUGCCUUUUAUAUUUGCUAGUCCCAUUAUAUUGGCCACUUUGCCAUUAAAAACGAAAAUGAUCAAAUAUUUACCCAUCGUAGCUGAUGCCGUGCCAUUGGUGUUGACGAAAAUCACUGUGAUGAGUUGUAGCAUGGAAGCGGGUAAAACCGUGUACAAUGGCUAUCAAUAUGCCAUGAAUUUUGUUAGUAAUUUUGGUUUAUCGGCAUUGAUUGAGAACGAGUGGCAGCGUCUUAAUGUGCCGAGUGUUUUAAGAGUUUUUUGGACCAUAAGAAUUUCCCAAGAAUUUAUUUCCAUGCUGUUGAAUGAUAGUGUUAGUACUCUAAACUUAUUGCCCACCAUGCAAAAGUUACUGGUAGAUGGUUGUGAAACAUUAACAGCGGUAUUGGGUAUGACUUCGGUAAUUUCGGUUAUUUGCCACUAUAUAGGAAAAGUCUUUCAAUGGUAUCUCUUGACUUUUGACAACGAUGAAGAGAAGUCAUUGGGCACGGUUUCAGCUGUUUUAUUUUAUAUAUUGGCUUUGCAAACCGGUUUAACAUCACUCUCGCCAGAUAAACGUUUUGUACGUCUCUGUCGUAAUCUGUGCCUUUUAACAACUGCUCUAUUACACUUUUUGCACAAUAUUGUUUCACCUAUACUGAUGUCAUUGAGUGCGGCUCGUAAUCCAUCGCGCAAACGACAUUUUCGUGCCUUAACUGUGUGCGCUUUUCUAGUCAUUGCGCCCUUGUGUCUAUUGAAAACUUUAUGGAGUAGGCAUUCGCCCUCAACAUGGUUGUUGGCCGUAACAGCAUUUUCUGUAGAGGUUGUGGUAAAGGUUUUGGUUUCAUUGGCUACUUACACUUUAUUCUUACUGGAUGCUCGCCGUCAGACAUUCUGGGAAAAAUUAGAUGACUAUUUGUAUUACGUGCGUGCUUUUGGCAAUUCCGUUGAAUUCUGUUUUGGCAUUUUGCUAUUCUUCAAUGGUGCUUGGAUUUUAGUUUUUGAAUCCGCACAAAAUGCUACAGGAGGCGCCAUACGAGCCAUAAUGAUGUGCAUCCAUGCGUACUUUAAUAUUUGGUGUGAGGCCCGCUCUGGAUGGUCAGUCUUUAUGAAGAGAAGAUCAGCUGUACAUAAAAUAUCCGCACUGCCAGAAGCCACACCGGCCCAAUUGCAAGCCUUCGAUGAUGUUUGUGCUAUUUGCUAUCAGGAAAUGUAUUCAGCAAAAAUAACAAGAUGUCGCCAUUAUUUCCAUGGAGUUUGUUUGCGUAAAUGGUUGUAUGUUCAAGACAGAUGUCCUUUAUGUCACGAAAUUAUGAUGUAUACUGAUAAAACAGAAGAAGCUGAAGAAGAUGUGCGUCAACAGCAAGAACAAAAUGUUCCCUUACAGAAUAGUAAUAGAGAGGACAAUGCCAUUGAAAAUCGAAAUCGUUCCUCCGACGAUGCUAGUUCGUCAUCAUCAGCUGGUAGCAGUAAUAGUUUUAAUAGUAAUAGUUCUGGUAUUGCCAGCAGUAGUUUUAUUGCAGCUAACGUAGUUGCUACUUCAUCAAAUGCCACAACUACAUCUACGACUUCAACAACAGCAGCCGCUGUUGCUACCGCUACGGCUGCGGCUAGUAAUACCACGCAUAGUUUUCGGUUUUCACCUGAUCUUGAUGUACAGGAUUAACUAUAAUUUAAACACUCUAGUGUACUUAUAUGUAUAAA